AUGACCCUUCCGAAACCGAAUGCCUCGUUCAAGAUUCCCAGUGUCCACGACGACACAGAGCUGGACUGUCGACUAUACUAUCCACGAAAGACCGAGAAGAACUUCAAGGCUUUUGGGCGAAGCUUUGCGAUAGUCGCACAUCCCUACGCUCCCCUAGGCGGCUCUCAUGACGACCCAGUGGUGGCGCUUGUUGGUAGCCUCCUUCUUCAGCAGGGCUUUGUUUUGACCACUUUCAAUUUCAGAGGGGCUGCUGGAUCAGCAGGACGAACUUCUUGGUCAGGCAAGCCCGAGCUUAGUGAUUACGUUUCGGUCUAUGGUUUUCUACUGAACUACAUCAACGCCAUCUUCCAUUCGGGUGGUGAAGAAGAGCGAUGUCGACACGACCCGCCACUUUUAGUCCUGGGAGGCUAUUCAUACGGCUCGAUGAUUGCAUCCCAUCUGCCGCCGAUACAGGUGGUGGUCGGGUUGUUCAACGCCGGGACACCAGACUCGGCAGGGAUCGAAAUAAAGCGGCGAGCGGAGGAGCUGUCUCGUGAUGCUCGAGCUUACUUCGAUAUGUAUGCAGCAUCAACGGUAGCAGGGUCUUCAGAGAAAGAGCUCUUCAGAGGACAGAUCAGAAAGACGACAACCGGUGUCAUCAUGGGUGGUUACGAGUUGGGGCGCGUCAGCCGGCAAAAUUCCAGAAAGAGUAUUGACACGGAAAGGAUUAGACAAAGUUUGGACAGAGUUCGUCGCAAGAUCGGAUCCCAACCGGACAAUGCGUCAACGCCAUCAUCGUCAGGACCAGUAACGGAACCGCCGACUCCGGCACCAGCGGAACCUGCCCCGAAUGUGUUGCCAGAUGUCGCCUACCUCAUCGUGUCUCCAAUACUUUCUGUGGCUGCCGGCUUCACCACAAUGUUCUCCAAGCUUCGAUUUGCCGCCAAGGGCGGCCAGGGAGCUUCUGCCUCAGAGCGGGAGUUUCAUGAGCUAACGAUUCAUCCGACUUGCUGCUUGUACGGGAACAAAGAUGGUUUCACGUCUGCUCGCAAGUUACAAAGGUGGACGGAGGAGCUGAAAGCACGACCGGCUUCUCGGUUUAUGGCCGUUGAGGCAGUCGCCGGACACUUCUGGCAGGAAGCGGACGGCAUUGUUCGAUUCAAGCAAGGACUGUGCGAAUUCCUCGAGACACUGACAAGUCGACAUGCUGCGUCUACCGAGAGUGACGGACGCCUGUAA